AUGGCCUUCUUCGAACGCAUGACGAGCCCCCAUCGCAAUUCACCCCUUCUGCCUCUCCACAACCCUCCGAGACGACUGCCCCGAGAGCCUAGCGAAUACCAGCUCAACGAACUAGAUCCUCGACCUGAUGAUGCCUCGUCAACCGAGGGAGACCUGCCUAGAGCUUGGCAAUCCCACUUUGAGGAGCCAUCCGCGUCUCGCGGGGCAUCACCAACCACAUGGCGUGACAACACCAAGACUGAAACCAGUCAGUCAGUUUACAGUAUAAAGCAAAACCAACGACCGAUGUUUGCUGGUCCACCGCCGCCGAUAACAGCAUCGAUGUUGAUAAGCAAGGAGUCGUUCAGGGCGGAUUCUGUUGGCCCUUCAGGUCGCAAGAAACCUACGCCAUAUAGCCUUCUCGGCGGCAGCCCGACCGAGGCUAACAGCGUCUUGUUUGAUCACAGACGUGAGGCUGCUAUGAAAGCCACCGAUACCGUUUGGCGAGGCUUGCGGAGGCAAGAGAAGGCCUUGGAGAAAGAGGUCCAGCUGCUGCUCGACCAGCAAGCCGCCGCUUUGGCCGCCGGAACCGGCAACGAGAAUGACGGGUCGAGCACGGGGAGUAGCACUCCGACGAGCACAUUCUACUCUACGAAAAGCUCCAAAUCGAAGAUGACCAGUUCGCUCUAUGUGCCGCCUCGCACCACCCGCGAUGGCAACGUGGUGCCGAUCAGACAACCCACAAAUGACAAGCCGCCAGGGCUGAGGUCUACCAGAGGCGCUCUUCGGGAGCUGAUAACAUCCAUGACGAGGCUCAAGGAAGACGAACAUGCUCAUCUGGACGACGCCAUGAUGCAGCGGCAAGAUGCGCUCAACUACCUGGAGCGGCUAGGCACCAGGAAAACCGGCAUACAGGCCGAGCUGGAUGAUUUGACAGAGAACGGCGACGAGCCGUUGGCGAGAGAGCUACGGGACCUGAGCACUCAGCACGAUACCCUGGGUAAGGAGAUCCAGCUGCUCGAGGAGAAGCUGGCAGCAAUGCGGAUAGAGCACCGCACGCUUGAAGAGAGGAUAGACGACAUCAAGAAUAAGAGAGAGGCAGGGCUGAGCGGAUACUACGGCGCAUUGAGAGAUGUGACCAACGAAGCGAAUGCGUUUGUGCAGCAUCCCCAGAUCCAGCCGCUUGAUGAGGACCUCCUGUGGCAGGGCGGCGAGGCCGAAGGAGACCCAGCCGCCUCGGGAGGACGAGACUUCAUGCGCCUUAUCCCCGAGCGGCGGACGCUGGAAAUGGCAAAAUCAUGGUGGACGGCAGAGAUGGCGGUGCUGAAGCGCUGCAAAGAGCGUAUUGACGCGGAUCGCCAAGCGUUGGAGGAAGGGGGCCAAGUCUGGGACAGGGUCACGCAGCUGGUUUCGGAUUUCGAAGCCGAGUUGCGACAGGCGAUGCAGGGUGGUACCGCGGCAUCUUCAUCCUCCUCAAGCCCGAAAGGCAAAGACAAGGUGCCCUCCCAGGAGGACAUCAUAUCCGAUCAGCUGUCCCGGAUGAAGCAGGUGAUUGAAGAGCUGGAAGACCAACUGAAGCUAGCCGAGGAGAAGCGCUGGAAUCUCUUGAUUUGUGCUAUCGGCGCCGAACUGGAAGCUUUCAAAGAGGCUCACAACGUUCUCAGCAGCUUGCUACACCCCCCGGAGAAGCGGCCUCCCGGCGAUGGCGGAGAUGCGCCCGACAACAACAACAACAACAACAACACGGAGGCGGAACCAGAGCAUCGGCCUGCCACGCAAAAGGAGAGCAGCCAUGUGGUUCACGAUGAAGAGAGUGACAACGAGGUGCCAUCGGACUUUCUCAGCGGCGAGCAGGAUGCGAGUGAUGAGCACGCCAUUGCUGAUAACAGCAGCGAGAACGAGGUGCCGCCGGAGUUCCUGGUGGAACACGUGUGA